CGGAGCUUUAACGGAACAGCUGCCUCACGGUGACUCACGCUGAAGUAACGGGUAGAAGGAGGGUAGAGCCCGGGCAGAGAGCAUCGACAAUGGGAGCCUCCACGGUCUCACUGUGGCUGACGUGGGUUUGUCUCGUGCACAGCGCCUGGAUGCUCUCUCACGUGGACAGGUAUGAGGUUGUCAGACCUCAGAGACUUCCUGGGAGACAGAAGAGGAGUCUGCAGGACUCACAGCUGUAUCCUGAUACGGUUCAGUAUGAGCUGGCCAUCGAAGGGAGGAACUACACAAUUCAUCUGGAAAAAAACAGGAAUCUGAUCGGGAAAGACUUCACUGAAACACAUUAUUCAGAAGAUGGAGAACGGGUGACGACGUCUCCAAACCAGGAGCACUGCUUCUAUCACGGCCACGUCAGAGGCAUGAAGGACUCCUCAGUCAGCGUCGGGAUCUGUUCAGGAAUCAGCGGUUUCUUGCGAGCGCGGCAGCAGGUUUACCUGAUCGAGCCUCUGGGACGCUCUGACGACGGAGAUCACGCCGUCUACAGACCGGAGCACCUGAAGGUCAGCGGCCGUGUCGGCUGUGGCUCCUCCUCCAACGCUAACACCACCACGCCUUAUGACCAGGACCGGGACCCGAGCCCCGCUGCCCUCUUCAGGUCCAGAUCAUGGAAAACAAAACCAGUGUCAGGUCCGCAGAGGUUUGUGGAGCUGUUUGUGGUCGUGGACAACGCCGAGUAUAAACGAUAUGGAAGUGAGACCCGAUCCAGAAUCCUUGGAGUUGUAAAUCACAUCGAUAAGCUGUAUCGCACUCUGAACAUCCGCGUCAUGCUGGUGGGUUUGGAGAUCUGGUCGUCCGGAAACUUCAUCAACGUCGACGAUAACUCGGAGAUCGCUCUGGAUCACUUCCUCAUGUGGCGUCAGUCUGAUCUGCUGCGGAGGGUGAAGCACGACAACGCUCAGUUUGUGACGGGAAAAGAUUUUGAAGGAGACACAGUCGGACUUGCAAACAAGUUUGCCAUGUGUACUGAGAACUCAGGUGGAGUCAAUCAGGAUCAUCACAACAACCCGAUAGGACUCGCCUCCACCAUCGCUCAUGAGAUGGGGCAUAACUUCGGCUUGUCUCAUGACGCUGCAGGUUGUGUCUGCGGUCCGUCUUACAGCUCGGGGAACUGUGUGAUGGCCGAUAAGCUCAGGACGGGGACUCAGGCCUUCCCCGAGUUUUUCAGCAGCUGCAGCGUGGAGCAGCUGGCUGAGUUCAUGGAGCGAGCUCAGCCGAGCUGUUUGACCCGACCCGGCUCCGUUAAGACCGUCGCUGUGGGCCCUCACUGUGGAAACGCCCUGCUGGACCCUGGAGAGGAGUGUGACUGUGGCACUGUGGAGGAAUGCAAGAAUCCUUGUUGUGAUGCAUCGACGUGCCGUCUUACUGAAGGAUCCCAAUGUGCCCAUGGACUCUGCUGCGACAACUGCCAGUUUGCAGUGUCUGGAAGCGUGUGCAGGAAGACGUCGGGAGACUGCGACCUGCCUGAAUACUGCACGGGAGUGUCGCAGGAUUGUCCUGAAGACAGCUUCGAGUUGAACGGCAAACCGUGCUACGAGCAGGCGCAGGGCUACUGCUACGACGGCCGGUGUCCCACGUAUGAGCAGCACUGCUGGAGGCUGUUUGGACAAGGGAGCAGAGUUGGACCGGAUAUGUGUUUUGACCUGAACAAACGAGGCGAGGAAGGUGCUAACUGUGGGAGGAGCAGAACAGGCUACGUCUCCUGUGCUAGACCGAAUCUUAAGUGUGGAUCUAUGUUUUGUGUCGGAGGCGGAGACUCCAUCACGGGUAAAAGAGCUUCUUACACCGUUUACGGCCUCGAGUGUAAAGUAGCCGUGGACGACGACAAAACCAGAAACAUGGACACGGUGCCAGAAGGAACCAGAUGUGGACCAAAUAAGGUUUGCUCAGACAACAGGUGUGUGGAUGUAUCCGUCUACGGCAAGAGGGAGGACUGUGCGAAGAAAUGCAACAACAACGGGGUGUGUAAUCACAAGGAGGAGUGCAGCUGUGACCCCGGCUGGGCGCCGCCGUACUGUGACAUCCAGUAUGCAGAUUUACCUCAAGGCCAGAGUGUGAUCAUCGCUGGUGUGUGUGCGGUGCUCUCCGUCCUCCUGCUGAUCACGGCUGUGAUCGCGGGGCUGAUGUGCUGCAAGAAGGACAAACAGGAAAACUACAUCUGCAAAAGGAAGGUGCACUCGGCCCAGGGGAAGUUGAACCCGAUGUUCCAGGAGCCGAGUGUGAAAGACAGACCUCAGAUCAGCCUGCCCACCUUCAUGGACUCCACGGCAACACACGUGUGCACUCCUCUGAUGGUCACUGUGAGUCCCUGCAGACCGGCUCCACAGCCACCAAAGAAACCGUCUGCAGCGUCGUCGACCUCGCAGGCCGAGCCGACAAAACCUCAACCUCCGUGUAAACCUUUACCCCCUCUGAGUAAAACUCAGAGUAAUGCAUCACAUCCUCCUCCUCCUCCUGUACCUCCGGUCAAGCCCAGCCCUCCUCCGGCUGCCAGACCCAAACAGUGCCCUCCUCCGCUGCCCCCCGUGAAGCCACAACCUCACAAACCAGCAUGAAACUCUUGAAGAGAAUCCAGUUUGACGCCCACACUGCAGCUGUACUUUCAGAGGGAGAGAGCGGGAUCGAACUUGUGUGAACGCAGAGCCUUUAAAAGACGAUGUGCGUGACCCCGGCUGCUCACACUGAGGACGUCUUUGAUGACAUGAGACCAGAGAAUCUGAGCUGCAGGGGGAGACUCUGCAUGAACUGGUGCUGCCACGCUCUCGUCUACUGUAUGCUUCCUUUGUAUUUGAACCUUAAGUUAUACUUCACUUUUUUUUUUUUUUUUACCAAAGAGCAAAAACAUGCUCACAUGAUGUCUCCUCUUCUAUUUAUUAAACGUUACACAAGGGACCGCACAAAGGAGGAGAGUCUAUGCAGCCUCCUCCGGCUCCGCUCAGGUACGAGUGAACGCUUCUCCUCCGGCUGAUCGCUCACUUUUCUCUUUCUUUUAGCUCGGUUUUCAGUCUCCUCCACCUCCAAUAUCCGUCUCUUUAUCCGCUCAAUGCUGCACUGUUUUCCCUCACUUCAUUUAUUUGAGUCUAGUGAUCUGUGACUUUUUUUACUUCGGCAUCUCUUCACUUUUAAUUGUCAAAUAACGACAAUUAAACUUUACUCCAGUUUUCAUUGAAAAAUAAGUCAACGCUUCAGAUUCAGGUAAUCGUUUUCUACGAGUUCUCCACCCAAAUAAGUUUUCUUACACUCCCUAAAGCUGGCCACACAUUAGAUGAUUUUAGGCCUGAUUUGCCCCCGACAAUGAUCAGGGGGCGUGGCCUGAUUGAGAGCUUGCCAUAUCCCAUUUUUUUGUCCAAAGAAUCCUAAAGUGUGUGAUGUCACUACGAUUAUUUUUACUGCUUCCCAUCGAGUCGGAACUGUAAAUAUCGAACGUUUGAUAUUUACAAUUCCAGAUCGGAUUGCCUCAGACGUCAUACCCGAAGCAGCCAAUGGGAGCAAGCAACCGGGCGUUGGGUACUCCGACAUCUCACCCUCAGCUCGCUCUGCAAACCGUAUAAAGCCGCUCAUGAUCCGUCUUCUCAUCCAGGAUCUCAACCGUUUUGUUUUUCGCUGUAAAACAAAACUCAGCAGGGGGGCGAUGUCGGUCGUCCUCCAUAUUUGUUUUUCUUCUGAAGUCAAGUCGUCGUUUCUACAAACUGCAGGUGUGUGCGGUCUCUCUGUCUGGCCGAGUCGUCUUAAGUUUGUGUGUUUGGAGGAUUAAGAUAUUUAAAAAUCAAGAAAAGCGUCCUCAUGUCUGUGGCCAGCUUGAACUCUCUAAAGCCAGUCCGUGCCUUCUACACAAAUCCAUUUCUUUGCACUGUACUUGAAAACCAAUGAAUGGUACGCACUGUUUGGGAAAGCUUUGCACACUUCAGAUGAUCUGUGUGUGUGUUUUAUGUCUUCAGGUUUUCGAGGAGCCAGUAUUUCCUUCUUUCUUUUUUUUUUACUGCACUGAUAACUUGUAGAGGAAAGGUCACCGGGUGUUUAUACCUUGUAGGUGUCACUCUCCAACAAGACCGCCUUUGUUGCAACAAAUAAAGAGCACUUUUUUAAAUCCACGAGUAUGGCGUCUGAAGAUUGAAUAAUGCAUCACUGUGAAGAAGUCGACAUGACAAAGGAUUGAUUAUCUGCUGAUUUUUAAUGAUGUGAGUUGCGUAAUGAUUAAACAUUCCCUCUCUAUGGA